CAAAUCUGUACGUAUAACGUCUUAGAAAGAGAAGAUGGUUCACGCAUAUUGGUGGUCGAAAAGAACCUUGUGACUGCACUUUUCGAACACAUCCGCCAUCAGCAUCAAAGGGCUGCAGUAUGGCACGAGAAGAAGAAGAUUACCCCGAUGAAAUGGAGGAGAGGCUAGUCAAUGAAGAAUACAAAAUCUGGAAGAAGAAUACACCGUUCUUGUAUGAUCUGGUCAUCACACAUGCUCUGGAGUGGCCCAGUCUUACAGUGCAGUGGCUCCCGGAGAAGACAGUGGACAAAGACAAGAAGUCAGCAAAGCAGCGGCUGAUUUUGGGCACGCACACCAGCGAGGGGGAGCAGAAUUACCUGAUGAUCGCUGAGGUGGCACUACCCACGUCUGACUCAGAGGCCGAGGCUGCGCAGUAUGACGAGGAGAGAGGGGAGGUGGGCGGCUUUGGCGCAGCCACAGGCCGAGUGCAGGUGGUGCAGCAGAUCAAUCAUGAGGGGGAGGUGAAUCGGGCACGGUACAUGCCGCAGAACCCCUUCCUCAUCGCAACCAAGACAGUCUCGGCGGAGGUCUUUGUCUUCGACUAUACCAAACACCCCUCCAAGCCCUCCCCCAACGGCAUAUGUGCCCCGGACCUCAGACUCACAGGUCACAGAACAGAGGGGUAUGGGUUGGCGUGGAGCCCCUUUCUGGAGGGGCACCUUCUGUCGGGGUCGGAUGAUGCGCAGAUCUGCCUCUGGGAUAUCUGCGCGGCCACCAAGGGAGUCAGCACGCUCGACGCUCGCCAGAUCUUUAGGGACCACAGCGGUGUUGUGGAGGAUGUGGCGUGGCACAACCACAGCUCCAACAUCUUUGGCUCUGUGGGAGACGACAAGCAGCUCAUCGUGUGGGACACGCGGCAACAAGCUGUGGGUCAGGCGGUGAUGGCGCAUGAGGCGGAGGUCAACUGCCUCGGCUUCAACCCCUUCAAUGAGUUCGUGCUGGCAACCGGAUCGGCCGACAAAACGGUGGCGCUGCACGACCUGCGCAACCUGCGGCGGCCGCUGCACACGUUUGAGCACCACAACGAGGAGGUGUUCCAGAUCGGGUGGAGCCCCAAGAACGAGACCAUCCUCGCCUCAUGCGGCGCCGACCGCCGCCUCAUGGUCUGGGACCUCUCGCGCAUCGGCGAGGAACAGUCGCCGGAGGACGCGGAGGACGGCCCGCCUGAGCUGCUGUUCAUCCACGGGGGCCAUACCUCCAAGGUCUCUGACUUUGCCUGGAACCCCUCUGAUGACUGGGUGGUCGCCUCAGUCGCUGAAGACAACAUCCUCCAGGUGUGGCAGAUGGCGGAGAACAUUUACGAGGAUGACUUCCCCACAACCGCUGCGGCAACAUAG